AUGAUGUUUGGUUAUUUUUUUGAAAUGGUUACUAACAAUCUUGUGUUUUUAGAUCCAAUUGAAAUUAAGAAGGAAACUCAAGAAGAUUCAAUAGAAGAUGAAGAUCUAAUUGCUAAAUACUCACAUCCAACAAGUUUUAAGGCAACAACUGGUUUACGCGGGUUCGUGAAUAUGGGAUCAACAUGUUUUAUGAGUAGUGUUUUACAAACAAUCAUACAUAAUCCAAUAAUAAGAAAUUAUUUCAUGUCAGAAGGUCAUAUAGAUUGUUUGAAAGGUAAAAAUGAAUGUAUAACAUGUUGUGUUGAUGAAAUUAUUACAGAUUUUUUUACAUCAAAUAAAACUUCAGGAUUUGGACCAACUUCUUUAUUAUCAGCAGCUUGGAAAUCAAAUAAAUCAUUAGCUGGAUAUUCUGAACAAGAUGCUCAUGAAUUUUGGCAAUUUUUGGUUAAUGAAUUACAUCAUGGAUUAACAAGUGGUGAUAAUCAUAAUUCAUCAACUUGUGAUUGUGUUGUUCAUAAGGCAUUUUCAAGUGAUCUACAAAGUUCAAUUACAUGUUUAGAAUGUGGGAAUAUAACAAAUGCAACAGAUCCAAUGAUUGAUUUAUCAUUAGAAAUUUCUGGUCAAAAUGAUAAUGUUGUUGAUUGUUUAAGAAAUUUUACACAAACUGAACAAUUAGAUAUUAAAUAUAGUUGUUCUAAAUGUAAUCAAAGAACAAAUGCAACAAAACAAUUAUCAAUCUUGAAAUUCCCAAAUGUCUUAUCAUUACAAUUGAAAAGAUUCAAACAUAAUAAUCAAUCUAUUAAAAUUGAAAGUUUUAUAAAAUUCCCAAUGUUUAUAAACAUGUCAGAAUUUGCUACAAUUUCAAACAAUGUUCCACAAGCAGGUGCAUUAAAUUAUGAAUUAUUUGCUGUCGUGUGUCAUAUUGGAUCUGUUAACACGGGUCAUUAUAUUACAGUUAUUAAAAACAAUGAAGGUAAAUGGUUUAGAUUUGAUGAUUCAGUUGUUACAUUAUUAGAAUGGGAACAAGUUUCAAAACUUCAAGCAUAUUUAUUGUUCUAUAUGAUUCAUCAAUUAUAG